CGCCCGCAGCCGCCCCCGAUGGAGCCCGAGGAGCGCAAGAUCUCGGUGUGGAUCUGCCAGGAGGAGAAGCUGAUCUCCGGGCUGUCGCGGCGCACCACCUGCUCGGACGUGGUGCGGGUGCUGCUGGAGGACAGCCACCACCGGCGGCAGCGCCCGGCGCCGCCCGAGCCCGCCGGAGGGAUGCUGUCGGGGCCGCCGCACUCCUACUGCAUCGUGGAGAAGUGGCGCGGCUUCGAGAGGAUCCUGCCCAACAAGACGAAGAUCCUGCGGCUCUGGGUGGCGUGGGGCGACGAGCAGGAGAACGUGCGCUUCGUGCUGGUGCGCAGCGAGGCUUCGCUGCCCAACGCGGGGCCGCGCAGCGCCGAGGCGCGGGUGGUGCUGAGCAAGGAGCGCCCCGGCCGCGGCUUGGGGGCGGCCCGAGCCAGCCUGGCGCUCACGCAGGAGCGGCAGCGCCGGGUGGUGCGGAAAGCCUUCCGCAAGCUGGCCAAGAUCAACAAGCGGCGGCAGCAGCCGCUGGCCCGGGAGGCCUCGUCGGCGGAGAGGAUGGAGACGCUGGUGCACCUGGUGCUGUCGCAGGACCACACCAUCCGGCAGCAGAUCCAGCGGCUCCGCGAGCUGGACCGCGAGAUCGACAGGUACGAGGCUAAGAUCCACCUGGACCGCAUGAAGCGGCACGGCGUCAACUACGUGCAGGACACCUACCUGGUGGGCACGGGCGAGCCCGAGGCGGGCCGGGAGCCGGGCCGGGAGCCGGGCCGGCCCGAGGAGGACUACGCCAGGAAGUGCGAGGAGGUGCUGCAGCUGCAGGAGCAGCGGGCGCAGCAGGAGGAGCUGCUGGAGCACCUGGCCGCCGAGAUCCAGCAGGAGCUCAACGAGCGCUGGAUGAAGCGGCGGCGGGAGGGGCUGGAGCUGGCGGCGGGGCCCGGGCAGGCGGACACGGACUGCGACACCACGGAGCUGAGCGGCGGCGGCGGCGAGGGCGAGCUGCACCUGGAGCACGAGCGGGUCAAGACGCAGCUCAGCACCAGCCUGUACAUCGGGCUCAAGCUGAGCACCGACCUGGAGGCCGUCAAGAGCGACCUGGACUGCACGCAGCGGGCGUGGGAGGAGCGGGAGCGGGAGCUGCAGCGGCUGCUGGAGACGCUGGGCACGCUGGACGUGGCGGAGGCGGAGGCCGAGCCGUGCGGAGCGGCGAGCGGGGCGCGCACGGCGGGCGAGUGGCUGCGCAAGGACCGCGCCGACAACGACGAGGACUCGGACACGGGGCUGAGCUCCAUGCACAGCCAGGACUCGGACUCGCUGCCCGUGUGCGAGUCCCUGGUGUAGCUGCCGGCCCGCCCCGCCGCCGCCAGCCCCGCACGGGGCACUGCGGGGCAGGCGAGGGAACUCCCGGCGCAGGAGGCAGCAGUCACUCACACGGAGGAAACAUUUUAAUUUGAGCUCUGGAGUUGCGACUUGUUCUGACUAGUCAUCCGCGGGCAGCGCUUAGGCUGGCUCGCCGGUGCUUUUAUCUAAGGAAGAGAAAACCCACACGGCGUGUUUGUGCUUCGUUCACGUCUGGGAUUGCUCGCUUCUUAAAUCCUGCAGCGUGCGUCCCUCCCCAAGCUUCUCUAGCCGGGCCUUUCAACCCUCCGGCUGCUCUGGGUAAGCUCUUUACGAGCAAAGGGCCAGGAUGGGCUCCUGAGUGGGGAUCAGCAUCUCCCGAGGGGGACCAGCAUCUCCCGAGGGGAUCAGCAUCUCCCGAGGGGGAUCAGCAUCUCCCGAGGGGGACCAGCAUCUCCCGAGGGGAUCAGCAUCUCCCGAAGUGUAUCAGCAUCUCCCAGCGGGGAUCAGCAUCUCCCGAGGGGGACCAGCAUCUCCCGAGGGGAUCAGCAUCUCCCGAAGUGUAUCAGCAUCUCCCAGCGGGGAUCAGCAUCUCCCGAGGGGGACCAGCAUCUCCCGAGGGGAUCAGCAUCUCCCGAAGUGUAUCAGCAUCUCCCAGCGGGGAUCAGCAUCUCCCGAGGGGGAUCAGCAUCUCCCAAGCCAGACCAGCAUCUCCCGAGCAGCUUCUCGGCAUUGCAGGUCAAACGGUGGCUGGUGCUGGGUUACACUGGGCUCUACUGGCCGUCACCCGGCUCCUUUACAGGCAGAAAGUCGCGACACCAAAGUUGCUGAUGGUCACUUAAGCACUACGGAGGGGAAGAGGCGUCAGUCCUACUGACACUGGGAUCUCCCAGGGCGCCACCAGCCUUUGGACGGGACUGCAGUUCCUUUUGGCAACGAAAAGGGGUGAUAAAUCACCUCCUUUCUCUCUUUUUCUAAAGAACCAGCUAGAUCAAGGUAUAGGUUAACAUGUAUUAACUCUGCUCUGCGUAGUGCCCUUCCCUGUGUGUAGAUAAGAGAGCUUUGCUGAAAGGCAAUGCUGAGAACUCUGUUAGUGUCUGUAGUCGUUGGGCAGUCAUGGAAGGCAAUUAGCGGUGCCUGUGUGCACUCAGCCUUCAACUACACUUUUUCACUAGGCUAGCUGGUCUUUGGUUGAGCUUGGUUGUAGAUAAACAGAGUUCAGAAUCAGCUUGAGCUACUGUUUUUAAGGACAUAGUUCAUAUUAGGCCAAGAGAUGCAAUGAUAAAAGCAUGACUCAAGCCCUACCUGCGCUACAGCUUAAUCUUUUCUGUUAUUCCAAUAAAACAACAAAAAAAGAGCAGCCAUCAGCUGUAACAUGCAUUUCACUUCACUGCCAAAUCUAACUCUGCAGCUUAACUCUUGCCCAAAAUGUAUGAUCUGCUCUUGCAACAAGAGACAUUAGGGAUUCUUGUAUUCCAGAAUAAUUGCAGAAAUAGUUUAAGCGGUGAGAGACCAGAGAAUGUUGAGUCAGGUCUGACUGAUGGUGUGAACUUUUUAAAACUUCUGAGAUUAUUAUUUAUGUAAGAUUAUUUAUAAAAGUUUUCAUUUAACAAUAAGAAAUUAUAUAAAACAAAAGGGGUAUACACCAAUAGACCAGUUCUUUAUUUUCAUUAAAAACCUCGCAGCCUUCUACCCAAAGACCACGUUCCACUCUUGCAGUGUUCUUGUUGGUAAGAAUUCUGAUGGAUAGCAGAAAAUUAGGUUCAGGAGCUGCUCAGUUUGAAAGCAAGCAGAGAAAUACUGUCUGUGGAUUUGCAGAGGCUGUAGCUGUACAAUUUUCUAUAUGCUAUGACUCUUGAUAAAUGCUAUUCCACUGAAUGGGUCUCAGCUGUAACAAACUGUGGUUUAUUUUAAACACUGAUUAUAUAAUUGUUUUUCAUAUUUUAGUCAACCUUGGAAAAUAUUUAAGAACCUAUUUUUAGAGCUAAUAAAACUCUUAAUAAGG